AGCGUGGGCUAAUAUAGGCAACUGUUUGUGUUUUACUUCCUCUUAGUGAACUGCACUAACUUCCUUCAAAGCGUCCUCUCCUACUUUUGAACUUGGACGACGCUAGACUGGUCAAGGGCUUUUGCUGGAUAAAGAGUAUGUUUGGUGCAUAAAGCAGUGAAGGUGCCAACAUGCAGAGUAUAAAGUGUGUGGUGGUCGGAGACGGAGCUGUUGGAAAAACCUGUCUCCUCAUUUCCUACACAACCAACGCCUUCCCCAGCGAGUACAUCCCCACCGUGUUUGACAACUACAGCUCCCAGGUGACCAUGGACAGUAGGACUAUUAGUCUGAACUUGUGGGACACUGCUGGCCAGGAGGAGUAUGACCGCCUCCGCACCCUUUCCUACCCACAGACGAAUGUCUUUGUCAUCUGUUUCUCAAUUGCCAGCCCGCCUUCUUACGAGAAUGUCAAGCACAAGUGGCACCCCGAGGUGACGCACCACUGCCCCAACACGCCCAUCCUGCUGGUGGGCACCAAGAAGGAUCUGCGGAAUGACCCAGAGAUCCAGAAGAAGCUGAAGGAUCAGAACCAGACUACUGUCACCCAACAGCAGGGCCAGGCCCUGGCCCGACAAAUCCAGGCCAUCAAGUACCUGGAGUGCUCGGCUCUCAACCAAGAUGGCAUAAAGGAGGUGUUUGCAGAGGCCGUGCGUGCUUUCCUCAAUCCACAGCCAACUACUACCAAGAAACCAUGUGUGCUGUUGUAGAUGAAGCCAAGAGCAAGCCUGUCACUGUAAAAAAAACCUUGUUUGAUAUUACUUAAUAUACAGCUAUACUUAACAAAUUGUGUCUCUCAGAAUUCAAAUUGGUGCAAUUUUGCAAAACAAAAUAUAGGCCUAUAAAAGAACUGGAUUAUUAAUCAUACUAAGCAGUUUCAGUAUGGAGUUUAUUAUAUUGUAUGUGUUUUAUUGGUGUAUUAAUUUAAUGAUCCACUCAGCUGUGAAACCUAUCUAACUUACUGAGAUAUUUGUGCUUUUUUAUGCGUAGUGGUGGUGAGUGAUUUUGACAAAGGAAAUGUCAGUCCAAUAACUUCUUCCUGGAAAUGUCUGGAAAUGUUUCUUUUUAAACCGUUUAUGUCUGAAAGAUUGCUAUGUCAGUUCUCUUUUUUUCUUUAGAGUGUUGAAUUACUGUUCUUUCAUAGUUGACACCACUUGUACGUCAUUACUCUUAACCUGGGUUGUUGUUAUCUGUGUCUGAAUGCAUACCUUCUCUAUCCAACCUC